AUAUUCCUAACUCCGCGCGACCAAAGUCAACAACGACAAACAUCACCGCGCAACUUUUGUACAUAAUCACAACAUCACCACCAAACAUCCCAGACUCUCAUCCCAGACUCUCAUCCCAGACUCUCAUCCCAGACCCGCCGCACCCAACACCGACUCCAACCAUCCCCAUCAAUCAGACCCGCAAUGCCACCCCGCCCAUCCACCCUCCUCGCCUCGUCACCCCCCGCGACAGAACCACCCACGAGCGAAAACCCGACCCUACCCCUCCUCGGCGCCGCAGCGCCCACGCACGGCACAAAGCGGAAGCGCACCGCCGCCGCGGAGCACACGACGCGCCCACACACCCCCGCGCCGCGCGCAGACACGGUGAGGGGGAGGGGGAACGACCCCCGGCUGUACACGCCGUGGCUCCUCCUCCCGGCGAGACAACGCGCGUACAUGGAGAAAAGAGGGACGGGGGGCGUGGUGCCGGUUGUGUGGAGUAAGAACCAGAGCGUUAGGGGGGGUGUUGGCGCGCUGUUGCGUUUGCUUCGUCCCGCAGGAGACGCGGAUGAAAAAGGGGAGCAAGCGGAGAUAGUCGUUGUUUCCGCGCAGGCCGGGGGCACGGUCAAACUCGUUGGGAUUCUGGAUGUCGCGCGCCGCGUUCUCGGGGACCAGGGGGAUAAGGAGGGGGAGACCAAGGGCGAGGAUCGGGGGUGGUGCGUGUAUACCGUGCUCUCCAGCGUGCGUGUACCGAGGCGCGAAGACGGAGACGGAGACAAACACGGAGACGGAGACAGACACGAAGACAAACACGGAGACGGGGACAAAGACGAAGCAGAAGCAAAAGGACAGACCAACACACUCCCCGUCCUGAGCGUCUGGAUCAGCAGGACCAGCAUACCCGGCUGGAAAUCCGUCUUCGGGGAGGAUCGAUUGCGCGUCUCCGGGGAGGAUCAAUCGCGCGUCUCCGGGGAGGAUCAGUCGCGCGUCUCCGGGGAGGAUCAGUCGCGCGUCUCCACCCCGCGCCAGAGCUCGUAGCACAAGCGACCGCCAUGUGUCGUCUCGCGAACCUUUUGCACGGAUGAGCAGAGACUGAGAAAGCACAUAAAGAGCGUGACGACGUUGCAACGGCAGAUUCGAGGAUUCUGGCUUGGAUUUAGGCGGCGACACCUUUUAGGUUGUUCGUUUGCUCUCU